AUGACCACCACCAACUUUCCCCCUCUCAAAAACGACCUUCUGCUCCGUGCUGCGCGAGGAGAGCAGACAGAACACGCGCCCGUCUGGGUUAUGCGACAAGCAGGCCGCUAUCUCCCUGAAUUCCGGAAAGUUCGCGAAUCGCAUGAGUUCUUCGAAGUGUGCCGCACCCCAGCUCUAGCGACAGAGAUCACCCUGCAGCCGAUCCGAAGGUAUUCAGGACUCCUCGAUGCAUCAAUCAUCUUCAGCGACAUCCUCGUUGUCCCGCAGGCCAUGGGAAUGGAGGUGAUCAUGAACCCGGGUCCUCAUUUCCCCGAUCCGUUGAACACUCCGGAAGACGUGAAAAGGCUAAAGGGAGUCGUAGAUAUUGAUAAAGAGCUCGGCUAUGUCUUCCAGGCGAUUACCCAAACAAGGACGGAACUGAACGGCGAGGUUCCCUUGAUUGGAUUUUGUGGCGCACCGUGGACUCUUUUCGCGUACAUGAUCGAAGGCGGAGGGAGCAAGACGUUCCAGAAGGCCAAAACCUGGUUAUUCAAAUAUCCCGAAGAGUCAAAGGCUCUCCUACUGAGGAUCGCUGAUGUCUGCGUCGACUUCUUGGUCGGUCAGGUUAAGGCUGGGGCCCAGCUCUUACAAGUCUUCGAUUCAUGGGCUGGAGAGUUGUCACCUUACGACUUUGACCAAUUCUCGUUCCCGACCUUGAAGCAUAUCUCCAUCAACGUUCGACGCCGACUAGCGGAAGAGAAUCUCCCAGCAACGCCAAUGACGGUAUUUGCCAAAGGAGCAAACUAUGCUCUCGCGUCCAUCGCUGCGAACGGCGGUUACGAUGUGGUCGGACUUGACUGGUGCAUCGAUCCAGCUGAGGCAAGACGUAUUGUCGGUGACAAUGUCGCCUUGCAAGGAAACAUGGAUCCGGGCGUUCUGUACGGCGGACGAGAUGCUAUUGAAGCUGCAGUCAAGAGGAUGAGCCAAGGGUUUAGAGCGGGCAAAGGGGGAUGGAUAGCGAACCUAGGACACGGAAUCGCUCCAGGAGUCGAUCCUAAAGACAUGCGUUGGUUCCUUGAAUGUGUUCACAAAUAUUCUGCGCUGUAA